UGGCCGAGGAGAUGGGAUUUUUAAACUUCUGAGAGUGAAGAGGAGGUUGAGAUGAAGCAGGAGGCGGAGGAGGACGACGAAGAGAAGGAAGAGAAGGACGAGGAGGACGAGGAAGCAAUAGUAGACAGUGAAGAGGAGGAAUCCGAUCACCCUACAGAUCUAGACCCCGACGACGUGGUAGGCUCAACAGAGGAGACAACGACGACCUAACCGGGAGAGUGACGUUAUUCGAACUUGCCACGGAGGCCGUUAUCCCUACUGCGAAGCCACGCCUUCCAAUGGACCGAGAUAGCUGCUCACCUAACCGUGGAAAAAAUUCGGCAAUAUGAUCACUACGCUUUUUGGAAAGAUACCACUUUAGUUGAGUUGGAUGGCACGAGUUAUCUCCAGUACAACUUGACUGAAGAGUUGUUGAUGCCAGAGUCGAUGCCUGAUUCGCCCAGGAAAAGUUGGUGCUGUGGUAAGCGUUGGUGUUGGGCUCAUGGGAUAAAUGUAGAGUGGAUUUGAUGUUGUCCUUUGGAUGUUUAGGGGGGUUUGAUCUUUUAUCAGGCAUGGACACCCGUGCUUUACCUGGGGUAUUUGACCUCUAUGGGAUGGUUAACGGGCGGUAUGGCUGGGUGCCAGGAACCGCAGGUGAAUAUCGUAUGAUAUCAUGUGUUAUAUACCCGAUGGUAUCCUGGCAUCCGGAGCAUUCCACAGGAUGGUUACUCUACCCUAUAAAGGCAGAGCAGGGUGAUAUACCGACGGGUUUUUAGCCCGCGUUACCUUGGGUAUACCCUAUUUUUUGGCCAAUCCGGCCUUUGAUAUAAUGAGGAAUCUUUAAGCCAGUAUCAUCUUCUGUCUUUCUUGAAGAUAUCUCGGAAUGAUUUGAAGAUU